AUGCACUUCCGUAGCGCAGUCGUCGCCGCUGUGGCCCUAGUCCCGCUGGCCAACGCCCAUGGAGUAGCUGCAAUCCCAAACAUACUGGGACUCAAUGUCAAGGAUUUGAAGGCGAGGGACCUGUUGCACAACCUCAAAGCCCGCGCCGCCGAAGUAAAGCGUGCCGAGGAACGAGUGCCUGCAGAACCCUUGGAACCCCGCCAGAAUACGAAUGGACAAUGUGGUCCUGGAUUCGGUUCAUGUGCCGCGGGCGUGUGCUGCAGCGAGGGAGGCUGGUGCGGUACUUCUACUGACCACUGCUACUCUCCUGGAUGUCAGUUUCAGUAUGGACCUGGGUGCUUUGAGAACAGAACACCGGCGGGAGCGAGCACCGCUAGCGUAACCCGCACCAAGUUUGGAAACGUCCCCUAUGGUGGAGCUGGCAUCUACUCUUGCACCAAGCCCGGCACCGUCGCCCUCACCUUCGAUGAUGGCCCAAUCAAAGACUAUACCGCUCACAUCCUCGACGUAUUCAAGGCCUACAACGCCAAGGCGACUUUCUUCAUUACUGGAGCUAACCUCGCGAAAGGCCAAAUUGAUACCACUGCAGACUACACUGCCGUCAUCAAGCGCAUGUACGCCGAAGGCCAUCAAAUCGCCUCUCACACAUGGACUCAUCUGGACUUGAGCAAGAUUUCCGCAGCUGAUCGUACCAACCAGAUGAUCAAGAAUGAGAUGGCCCUGCGCAAUAUCCUCGGCUUCUUCCCUACAUACAUGCGCCCACCCUACUCGAGUUGCGAUGCCGCCUCCGGAUGCGAGAAGGCCAUGGCAGACCUUGGCUACCAUGUUAUCUAUUUCAAUGUUGACACAGACGACUACAAUCAGGACUCGCCAAGCAAGAUUCAGAACUCAAAGAAUUGGUUCAGGGGUAACAUCACUGCUGGGGGUGCCACACCCUCAAGCAGUGACUGGUUGAGCAUCGCCCACGACAUUCAUCAGCAGACUGCAUACAACCUCACCGAAUACAUGCUCGCAACUUUGACACAGUUGGGUUACAAGGCUGUCACUGUCGGCGAAUGCCUCAAUGAUCCCGUUGGCAACUGGUAUCGCGGAGGAACCGACACACCGCCGGUAAGUGGCAUGUUUCUAUGCCCCCUAGGGCUGAAACCUCUCUCUACCGAUGGCACCUGCGGCGGCUCCAAUGGCUUCACUUGCCAGGGCUCCACCUUUGGCAAUUGCUGCAGCCAGUACGGCUGGUGCGGCUCCACGUCCGGCCAUUGCGGCGCAGGCUGUCAAUCCAGUUUCGGCACCUGCAGCGGCACGAACCCGGGGAGCGUCUCCACGGAUGGCUCUUGCGGUGGCACCAAGGGAUUUACUUGCCAGGGCUCUGCCUUCGGCAAUUGCUGUAGUCAGUACGGCUGGUGCGGCAACACGGCAGACCAUUGUGGAACGGGAUGUAAUAGGAAUUUCGGUACUUGCACAUAG